AGAUAUUGAUAGAAAUCUUAUAUCAGUAUCAAUGUGAUAACCUCUGGUAUAAAGAUCCUUAUUCACAAUGGAUGUAAAUGCCAUGGAACAAGAUGCCAUCAAGUUCGCCAGCUCUGCUGUUGAAUUUGAUCAAAAAGGAUGCAUUAGUGAAGCCAUGUUUUACUAUACGGAAGCAGCCCAAGCUUUGCAUCGAGCAGUUAUUGCCGGGUCAACACUGGACUGCGCAUCAAAAGUUGCAGAAUAUUCCAAAAGAAUUGAAGAAUUAAGAAAACAUCAAAACCGGAAUCCAAGUAGAAGUGUUGAAAUCUCUGUAUCUGAACAAGGAGAGCAGAGAGCUAAGUUUAUGGUACUUAAUGCGCUUCAAGCUGAUGAAGCUGGUAAGAAGGAAGAAGCAUUAUCACUGUAUAUGGAGGCCGCAGAUCUUUGCAUCAAAACUAUGAACGAACCAAUGAGUGCUUCCACCAAGAAGCAACUUCAGAAACUUGCAAAGGAAUCAUUAGACAGAGCUGAAGCGAUUAAAACUUCUAAACAACUUGCUUCGUUAUCUCAACUUGAUUCCCUUUUUGAUUUUGAUGAAAGUCUUAAAUUAACAACAUCAACAACCAGUGUUACAAAACCAAAGGAUACAACAUCAAAACCUACUCACAAGGUGUUAUUCACAAACGAACCAACACAACCGACCACGUCAACCUCACAUGCCCCAUCCAGUGGUGGGGAAAGAUAUACAAAGGAAGAAAUUGCAGUAUUAAGAUUCACAUCAAUGAUAAAUGGACGAGAAUAUCUUCCAUUUAUGGCUGCAGACUUACAAGAAAGAUUUGCUUUUCCAAUGCCAUACAGCGACAAACACGGGAUUCUUGAAUUAUCAAAGAAGCAACGAGAGCGGCUUGGGGGUUGGAAGCGACCCGAUGAGUUUAUGAACGAACCACAGAUGAUACUUACUGUGUCGAGUCUAAGUAUCAUGCAGACUGUUGUGUCAGAUUGUUCGUUUGUUGCUUCACUUGCGAUCAGUGCUGCAUAUGAGAGGAAAUAUAAUAAAAAGCUUAUUACAAGUAUUAUUUAUCCUCAAAACAGAAAAGGCGAUCCAAUUUAUAAUCCAUGUGGUAAAUACAUGGUUAAACUUCAUCUUAAUGGAGUUUUCCGUAAGGUGGUAAUAGAUGAUCGACUACCAGUGGAUAGACAGGGUAAACUGUUAUGCUCAUACUCAGCUAACAGGAAUGAACUAUGGGUGUCACUUGUAGAAAAAGCCUAUAUGAAGGUUAUGGGGGGAUAUGAUUUUCCAGGAUCCAAUUCAAACAUUGAUCUUCAUUCUUUAACGGGGUGGAUACCAGAACGACAAUCACUUCGAGAUAAAAACUUUGAUUACGAUGGUUUCUUCCAGAAAGUGAGAGAUCGCUUUCAUAAAGGGCAUUGUUUGGCAACAAUAUCUACAGGAAUGAUUAGUGAGGCAGAAGCGGAUAGAGCCGGCCUUGUACCCACUCAUGCUUAUGCUGUGCUUGAUGUACAAGUAGUGUAUGGAAUAAAACUUCUUCAACUUAAAAACCCAUGGAGUCACCUUAGAUGGAAGGGGAAUUACUCUGCACAUGAUGAUGCACACUGGACACCUGAACUUAGAAAAGCUUUAAAUUAUGACAAUAAAUAUGCACAAGAAUUUGAUAAUGGUGUAUUCUGGAUUGACUGGGAGUCAGCUAUGCAUUUCUAUGACACGUUUUACAUGAAUUGGAAUCCUGAAUUGUUCCCUAAAACAACUUGUAGGCAUGCGUCAUGGCUGGCUAAGGAUGGGCCAACUAAGGACUCGUAUACACUUGGAAAUAAUCCACAAUAUAAACUUGAAGUUAGAAACAAAGGAGCAACUGCAGUGUGGGUUUUACUAACAAGACAUAUCACUGAAAAAGAGGAUUUUGCUGAAAACAAGGAGUUUAUUACUUUGCUUGUUUAUUUAAAUGAAGGAAAAAAAGUUUAUUAUCCGUACAGUCCCCCACCCCACAUAGAUGGGGUGCGGAUAAACAGCCCUCAUUAUCUCACGAGGAUACAGGUUCCAGAGAAUGGACCUCACCGCUACACUCUAGUGGUAUCGCAGUACGAGAAGCACAAAAACAUUCGAUACACGUUGAGGGUUUACUCAUUUACAGACUUUAAGUUCAGCAGUAUAGAUAACCCAUAUAAAAUGAAUAAAAGGAUACAAGGUGAAUGGACGGCACAAACUGCUGGUGGAUGUUCAAAUAACAAAGCUACUUAUGGAAACAACCCGAUUUACCAACUUAAUAUUGAAGGUUCUGGUCAAGCACAACUUUUAAUUCAGCUGAGGGCUCCGAAAAGUUACAGCAAUGGGUUCGAUAUAAUUUGUGUUGGAACUAAUGGAGAGAAACCUUUCAACAAAACAACUUCCGGUGCUUUUAGACCAGGAUACAGUGCAUUGGAACUUACUGUACCGUGUGGAACAUACAAUGUUAUCCCAUGCACAUUCAGUCCUCAACAAAUUGCUUCGUUUUUUCUUGAUAUUGGAUCUUCUGUGCAAUCAACCAAGAUUUCAAGGCUUAAAUAAACAUGUUCAAUUUGUUUAAUGUGUCACAUGUUUUGCUUUAAUUGAGCUUUGUAAAGUGACAAUUCUGUGGAUAAAUUUUUGGAUCACAAACACAAAUUACUUUAAGGGUUUAGCGGAAUUGUCAAAUUAAAAAGCUCAAUGCGUUUUUACUCCAUUUAAACAGCUGUAGUGUUCCCACAUAAUGCACUUCGUAUUCUUGCUAUAAUACCUGACAUUAACGUCGUUUAUGCUAGUUUUUCAUCUCGCUAUGCCUUGAAAUAAAUAUUAUUUAUCAUAA